GGGCGCCGAGCGCGCGGGGUGGGGGGGGUCCUGGUCUUUGGCUUCUCGACUCGGUCCUGUUUCGACAGCGAACAUGUCGCGGCCUGUCAGAAAUAGGAAGGUUGUUGAUUACUCACAGUUUCAGGAAUCCGAUGAUGCAGAUGAAGAUUAUGGAAGAGAUUCGGGCCCUCCCACUAAGAAAAUUCGAUCAUCUCCCCGAGAAGCUAAAAAUAAGAGGCGAUCUGGAAAGAAUUCACAGGAAGAUAGUGAGGACUCAGAAGACAAAGAUGUGAAGACCAAGAAGGAUGAUUCUCACUCAGCAGAGGAUAGUGAAGAUGAAAAAGAAGAUCAUAAAAACGUGCGCCAGCAACGGCAGGCGGCGUCUAAAGCAGCUUCUAAACAGAGGGAGAUGCUCAUGGAAGAUGUGGGCAGUGAGGAAGAACAAGAAGAGGAGGAUGAGGCACCGUUCCAAGAGAAAGAUUCCGGCAGCGAUGAAGAUUUCCUAAUGGAAGAUGAUGAUGAUAGUGACUAUGGCAGUUCAAAAAAGAAAAACAAAAAGAUGGUUAAGAAGUCCAAACCUGAAAGAAAAGAAAAGAAAAUGCCGAAACCCAGGCUAAAGGCUACAGUGACGCCAAGUCCAGUGAAAGGCAAAGGGAAAGUGGGUCGCCCCACAGCUUCAAAGGCAUCAAAGGAAAAGACUCCUUCUCCCAAAGAAGAAGAUGAGGAACCAGAAAGCCCGCCAGAAAAGAAAACAUCUACAAGCCCCCCACCCGAGAAAUCUGGGGAUGAAGGGUCUGAAGAUGAAGCCCCGUCUGGGGAGGAUUAGAAGUGAUGAUGGUCUGGGGAGAGAUUUUAUUAAAAAAAAAAGAAAAAAAAAAAAAAGAAAAAAGAGGGAGGAAAAAAAAGAACCUACUUAAGAUAGAACAUGGUUUUGGCUAUGGCUUGACUCAUGGGCUUUCAGUGCUUUUUUCCAUUUGUUGAAAGUAACAUUUCUCUCUCUCUUUUUUUUUUUUUUUUUAAAGCAAACCAUUGUAUGUUUAAGUGUUUAAGUUACCUUUUUGUCUAUUGGUCUCUUUGCCAGCCCUCCCCUUUCCCAAUGAAAGCCAUGUCAAAUUAAUCACUGGAUUGACUGCUUCAUCUUUUUGUUUUUAAUGAAAGGUAUACCACAGUUGUAAAGCAAUAAGAUUUGAGAUGAACAUUAUUGAAACUUUGCUUUUUGCUAAAAAAUAGCAAGUUGAAUAGUAAUCAAAAAACAUAGAUUUUAGUUCAAAAUGAUUGCUCCUUUCUCUACCUAGACUUUUAAAAAAUCAGUUGUCAUCUAAUAGAGUUUAUUUGUCUAUAGACACAAGUAUCAAUAUCUAAAAAAAAUCAUGACCUUAAACUUCCACUGAUGAGGCAGGUAGGAGAUAAAGAUGAAUUCUGAACUGUUACUAAAAGUACUCAUUUUUUUACCUUGUGGGGAGGGUGGGCAGUGGGGUUACCUGACUUUAUUUGAGGGUGUGGGCUUUCUUUUUUAUUUCAUCACUUGUUAUCUCAAAGAGACUCGGAGCCAGUGAUCCUUUUAUCCUGCUACAGUCUUUAGGGAGCUAAAUAAAUAAAUAAAUAAGCAAGGGCCUCCAAAACUGAAAUCACUCUUGAUUUCAUAUUUCCUUCUCUAAAUAUAUAUGUAUCCUGUUUUUUGGAUAAAAUUUUACCAAGAAUCAAAAAAAAAAAAAAAUACUCUAGAAUUUAAUCGACGAGAUCAUUCUACACAUCACAGUGGAUUUCUUUUCAAACUGACAAUGGGUUUUAAGCAAAUAAAGUUCCAGUUAAUGUGAAACUCAGUCACAAAGAGUUGAGAUUUUUCCUUUAUGAGAUAGAAUUGACAUUCUUCUAUGCUAUAAAUGUGCAUUCAGGUCCCAUUAACCAUGUUCUGCUUUUAUUUGGGGCUAGAACAUUUUCUUUUUCAUAUCCCGAUCUUCCCAUUUCUUCAUAGAAAUGUGAUAAGAAGUACAUCCUUGUGAUCCUGCUGCUUCGUAGGGCACCACUGCACACUCUGCCCUGAGUGCCGACCACCUCUGCUAUAGGACACUAUUUUCCUGGCCCUAUUCUUCACUUAUUUCCCAUCCUGUCCUUGACUAGGAAUAUGUUAAAUGCUGCUCCCAUACAAUUCAAGUUAGCUCUUGUCUUUUUAGUUGGUCCAACCCCUGCUUUACUGCUUAUGCUGCUUAAAGCAGGAGGGACUAGAGAAACCAGGCAUUUUAGCAGGCCUGUGUGCAGUUGAUAAUAGACUUUUUGCAUGCCUUAUAAAAGCAGUCAGGAGAUAGAUCCAUAGGUUUGAUCCUUCACAUCUGAUACCAGGCGCUAAUGGGAACAAGGUUUAAAGGGUCCUGGUAUGCUAAUAAAUUGAAAAAUUAGUGAAAUUUAACUUCUGCCUUUUUUUUCCUGCCUUUUAAUCUAGAUUUGCUUCCUCAAUAUCCUACUUUGUGGUUUACUAGGAACAUGCUUACUCUGAUUUUUUUUAAAAAACACACAGUGGCAGAGUCAUUUCACUAUUGCACUGUGUGUUAAAGAAUGAAUAAGGAGUUUUCAGUACAUGGCCAAAAAUACAGGACUUGAACAUAAAUAGCAGUUGGAUCAUUCUCUUUCAUGAUGGUUAAAUUCAGAGUUGUGAACUUUGUAAUGAGGGUGUUAAAGAUUAAUCUGUUUGCCUAAAUGGGUUUGUUCAGGUAUCCAUUUUUAACAAAGAGGUUUGUGUUCAUAUAGUAAAAGACCGAUCAGUGUUUCCACCAUGCACUUCUAUUUUUUAGGAGUUUAUAAUUUUAAGUCUUACAUUCCUAGUAACAUGUGGGCUUUUCUUAGGUUAUGUUUCGUGAAGAUUCGGGGGGAGGGCGCUUUUAAAACUUCAGCCUCAAUUGUUUGUGUAACAGUCUGUUUAAUAUAUUAAUCUGCACUAACAUCUCUGUGAUAUACGCACAUAUUUUAGAGGUAAUCAUGUCUUCUAGGUUACUUGUGUGCAUUUGAUUGGGCUUCUUGUUUAGAGUCCCUUUUAAAAUUAAUUCAUUAGAUUGAAAAAUGUACUCUAUAUUUCUGAUAGACUGGACAGAAGGAUCUGUGUCCCCAAGUGAGACAGGCUCUGAAUAACCUUUGUUUUCUCCACUUUUUAUUGAUGAUUUAAAACACUUUAAAAGUCUUCCCCUCAAAUCAUGCAUGCAAAUUGGAGGACAGUGGUGGUGACUCAACUGGAUACAGGUGCUCAAUAGUCAGGCUUGAUAGUGAUGUCAGAAUGCACUACAAGCUGUAAGCCGAUACUGACUGGCCAUUGGCACCACCCUUGACUAACCUUCCUCUUUUUCUCUAGUGUGCCUAUGGUGAAAUGGCAAUAGCAUUCACUGUCGUAUUUUGCAGUGCUCAGGAAGUGGGACGUUAACUUUGAAGGUGCUUGUUUGUAUUAGCUCUGCUAGGUUUACCUCUACAACGUAGAUUUCGGCAGCUAUGCUGACUGACACUACAUUCUAGUUCUUAAGAUUUUUUUUCCAGAUCCCCCCUUCCCCAGCUAGACAUACGUAGCAUACUUACACCUUAUUCAAUCUAUCUGUAACCUGCUGCUGCUUUUAGUCCUCCUCACCUCAGAUCGGAAUCAAUGGAGUGGGCCCAGAGGAUACAUUUUAAUUCCAGUAAUGGUAGGUAGAUUUGUCUUGCUUUCUAAAACAUCUCCCCGUUUCAUAUUUCCACUCCAUAUUGAUUCCAUAAGGGAAAAUUAAAGGGUGUUUCCUCCUGUAGGGAGGUAAUGUAAUGAGUGUGGACAUCUUUUAAUCUUGAGGAAUAGUAGUUGAUUUCCCUUGAAGGAGCUUACAUACUGACUGUUUCCACAGUAACCUGUUUGCCCCAGUUCAAUCCUCAGUUUAAUACUUAAUUUGGUACUGGCUCAAAUAGCAUUUUCUUAUAGAUAACAAAUCAAGAGUGAAACUUGAGGUUAUACACCAGUAAAGUUUUUAACACUUGUGAAUAUGGUCAGCUAGACUAAACUUGAUUUUUUUUUUAAUGAUUUUUUUAUCUGUGAACAUUCAGAUAAGUGGAUUUUCAAGUACCGGUUGGGGAAGGGAAUCGUGCUUUUCUUUAAUUACUUUUACGAGAUGCUUUGAGUGUAAGACAAAAGCAGAAAUAAAUAUCAGGAGCAACGGGGAAAGCUUUAUAAAAGAUCAUGGUGGCCAUUGUUGCAGCUUUGUAGAAUGAGUGCUGGUUUGAACAGAUCUUUGCCUGCAUCAUUGGUAGCUGCACUGAAAAGAAAAAACUUUCACCUUAAGAAUUUGAAAGGGAAGAAACCUGGGCUCUGGUCUUCAUGGCAUUUAGACUGAGAUACUUAAACAGAACAGAAGUAAUAUGCAUUUCCUGCCACAGGAUAGAGAAAAUGUAACAAGCUGGUUGCUCUUGAGGUUAGAAAAUUGUCUGUUUCUCUGUGGAUGAAGCUGGAUUUACUUGAAAAUGGAGAGGUGGUUUAUUGUUUGAAUAUUGGGACAUCAAGCUAUAGCCAAGUUUCAGUUGCAACCAGUUUUCCCUUUGUCUGGGAUAAAUUCGAUGCAAAUUAUUCUUUUUGAAUCCUGAAUCCGUAAAUUAUACUUUUUUUUUUUUUUUUUUUU